AUGGGCCUGGCUGGCGAGCUGAUUUGGUUCACGAAGCAAAUCAGCGCAGCUGGCUGGCAGAGUGCCUGGGCUCGCUCAUCGCAGCUCCUCCUUGGGACGCAGCAAGUCGCGCUGCAGCCAGAUGUUGUGCUGCUCGGAGCCGCAUCAGGGGCAUUCAGCCAUGGGAGACGCUGGCAAGAAGCAGUACAACUCUUAGUUGGCUUGCGAUGUCUUGCUGUGCGGGCGAAUCAGGUCCUUCAUGGUGCAGUAGUGGCUGCCUGUCGCGAGCAGUGGCCGCGUACCUUCUGCGUCCUCCAGGAGAUGUCGGAGGUGAAUCUAGGAGUGAGCACGGUUGCGGCCGGACCCGCUGUCCAUGCAUCGCCAUGGGUACGUGGUCUGGAUCUUCUCGGCGAUUUGCAGGGCCGACUCUGUGAGAUAAGCGCGGUUUGCUGGAACUCGAUCAUCGCCUCUUCGGGAGCUUCCUGGCCGAAGGCGUUGAACCUGGUGGACGUCUCCGAACAGGCUGCUGCAGAAACAAAUCUGGUAGCGCUGACCGCCGCAUUCAUCGUCACGUCAGCAUGGAGAGCUUCGACUGGUUUGACGGAGCAGUGGGACGCGCCUGCUUAUGGCGCGGCAUUUGCCAAGCUGGGUUCAUUCGGAGAGUGGGCAAGGCCGCUGGCACUCCUUCAGCAGGCCGGUGAAGGCCGUGUGCACCUCGAGCAGCCGCAGAGUGCUGCGGCCGUUGGUGCAUGUUCACGGUGUUGUGCCUGGAGGAGGAGCUUGAACAUCUUGCUCCGGAGGAGUCGCAGCCAUGCCAGGUAG